AUGUUCCCGUGGAACCAAUUAACUCACUGCAGAUGUAGACUGACCUAUUUGUGUAUACGAAGAUCGACUGGCAGCGUGUCCACAAGAUGGCUAGCCAAUUUAACCGACAAUAAAAUCGAGAGUGCCUCUUUUUCUAAAAAAAACUUCAACAAUGUGUUAAUGCAAAAUAUUAGGAUUACGCAGGAUGGGCAGAUAAAGUGCGAGCGGUUCUUCUUUUCCAAGUACAGCCUGCCCUACGUUUUGAACAUCCCCGUGAGCGACCUGCGCCUGAUCGACUCGAGCAACAACCACAACCCCACCCUGCUGGUGCGGAAGGACAUGAUCCUCCUACGCACGGGCUUCAUCAGCUGCGUGAUUAGGUUCAACGAGCUGUGGAUGUUCGAGCCGAAGAACCCCCUGGUGGUGAAGGCCGCCAACUUGGUUAAGAAGAAUUUUAAGAGGAAAGGCGACUUGGCCGGUGAGGAGGGGCAAGAGCAGCCAAAUGGGCAGGCGCGGGGUGUAGCGAGUUGCUUCGAGGGGAAGGGCCACGGAGAUGCUGCUUCGCUUUGCCCUGUGGACAGCACUCCGCACUGCCCCGUGGACGCCGCUUCUCACCACCCCGUUGACACCCCCCAGGAGUGCCCCUCGCCGGACGAGCUAAACCACGUGAACGUGAAGAACCAUUUCUACAAGCACAAGGCGAACAUCUUCUUCGAGUUCCUCUGCCUGGACAUCUGCAUGCAGCUUUCCAUAAAGGAGUACGAGGAAGACCUCUACCGCCUGAACGAGCAAAUCAGGGGAAUCAUCUUGCAACAACGGAAGGAAGAAAGCAAAGAAAUAAACAUCCUGACGAAUAGCCUCCUUAGAGAUAUGAUGAAGAUUAAAAACAACUUGCAGAAGUUUUCCAAUCUGUUGAAUGCCCUGCGGAACAGCAUCGAGAGGGUUUUAAAUAACCACGUCGAUAUGGCAAACAUGUAUUUGACGUGUAUGAAGGGGAAUGCAAGCAGGGGAGGGAGUAGUCCCACCGAUAAUGGCGGUGGACCCACCCCCGUGCGGGACUGCACCGACUUAGAAAUCGUUUUGGAGACCCACUUACAGCUAACGGAUGAGCUCUACAGAGAGCUAGAAAAUGUGGAAGAGAAAAUCACCCACUAUGAAGAGCUGAUGAGACUUAACUUAGAUUACAAUCGAAACAAAUUCAUUUUGUUAAAUGUUAAGAUUUCUUUUGCCACUUUGUUCUUUUCUGUUUCUUCUGUCAUUACAAGUCUCUUCGGCAUGAACUUAAAAAAUUUUUGCGAAGAGAGCGACUACGUGUUUUUCGUCGUGUCCCUUUCCGUCUGCGUGUCUUCCUUCCUUGGGAUGCACCUCACGCGGAACAUCAACGCCAUUCUCCGCUUCUUCGACCGGUACGGCGCGAAGUAG